GUCUUCGGGACGACUCGUGUGCAGUGAGGUUGUUUUGUUUUCUAGUUAUUUGGUGGUUGCAUUGAUGCUCUCGAAGCUGGAGGCUUUGCGAAAGGAGGUCCUCACCUGACAGAGCUCAAGGCACAAUUCCAGUGUUGAAAGAGUCAAACAUUCCCUUGUAAAUGGAAACAUUGCAACUUUGUACCAGCGCAUGAGAACCCAGACUGACUAAAAACGGAAGGCAAACUUCCUAGAGAUGUUCUAGCACAGUUUCGGUGACAGGGUGUUAAUGGAGAAGAGGUCGAAUGACAGCCGGGACCGUGGUCAUCACAGGUGGAAUAUUAGCGACUGUCAUUUUGCUUUGCAUUAUAGCAGUUCUCUGCUAUUGUAGGCUUCAGUAUUACUGCUGCAAGAAGGAGGAAUCUGAAGAGGAUGAGGAGGAGCCGGAUUUUGCCGUGCAUUCCCACAUCCCUCCGCUUCACAGCAACCGCAAUGUAGUGCUGACCAAUGGGCCUUCGCUCUACUCCUCCUCCUCCUCACCCUUCAGCAACCAGCACUCCCAGUGCAGGACUGUCUGCCCCACUUGUACCCACUAUGAGCCACCCACCUUCUUUCUGCAGCAACCCGAGGAGAUCCACAAUGGAGGCGACCGGGUCAGCUACAAGACCAUCAGCCAGGAAGAUAUUGAACUGCCGGUGAACGUGACCGGCCUGCAGGCUCUGAACCCCAACCGGCUGUCAGCCAUGCGAGAAGCUUUCUCGCGCAGUCGGAGCAUAAGCACCGACGUCUGAGUGGCUGAAGCCCCACGCCAGUGGGCUGCCCAGCAAAUGACCCCUCAGCUAGAUCUUUGAAACUAAGCAAGCAAUGUCAUCUGUUUCACUAACCUUCACAUGGUGAACUGUUGUACAGGGUGAACUGUUGUACAGGACUUCUGGACUCACUGAGGAAAAAAAAAAGCAAAUAAAAAAAAUA